AUUUAUAGGAAACAUUUCGUAGGGAGAGGUUGAAUCUAGUCAGUUGGACGCAGACGAACCCGAGAUGAGAUCCCAACGUCGUAAGUUUAAAUAGAGACUAUUGAUGACGCUGGUCAAUACUCAAGCCAAACCUACUAUUUCUUCGGCGGCUGUGAGAUCCCGAACGAAAAACUAACGACAAAAGAGUAAUAGAUUCGAAUUGGCGCUGUUUCUAACAUCUAUUACAUUAAGCGUAGGCUAACCUCUAAUUGGUGCAGUGGUGAGACGACUGGACAAUGUCCUCCGGCUCGCGCAGGAGGACACAAAGAAAAUAAUUGAACAUCUCUCAGCAAUGUAAACUGCAUUCUUGGCAUUUCCUUUCCAGUGAUGAUGCAUAGACAAAUUAAGACCUGGCUUAUCCACAUCCUCCAGGAGCGACCAAAAACAUUCCAACGUGUCACUACCGCUAUAUCUAAAUCACAUUUUGUUGGUUCACAUUUGGAUAGAAUGUGAAUCCUGUACAUAUAUUUCCAGACAUUUGGGCGAUCCCACAUGGAGGGAUAUCGAUAGUAGCAGAUAAUAUGUGGACAGUUGCAUCACAAAAUGUAUUAAAUCGCUAAUAAAUUGUAGUUGAAGUAACUAUGGCAGAUGAUUUGUUUGAUCAAUAAUGAACAAGAAAUCAAUGUUUUAAUGUUAUCAUUUUAUCAGCGAUAUGACUCAAUAAUUAACUGUGUCCACUUACUAUAGAUCUCCUCAUCCACAUCGCAUGGUUCUUGACGGAGUGAUCACUGACAUUCUACCUGUAUAUCUUCACUACUGGGUGCAUUGUGACAGAUGGCGUCAGUGGAGAGAGCUAGAUAAAUCACGUUGGUCAUGUAAGGUCCUUUGCUGUGAUUCAGAGCUGUCUUCGUGGGUAAAAGACAUUUGUGUUUUAUACAUUCUUUUGCAGUAUUAUUUAUUACACGGUUGACCUGCAAACUGGGGUUGAAAAUAUUUAAAAAUUCUACAGAUUUUGUAAAUAAUUGUAGGUUUCUCUUACAUACAUUGUAGUAGCACAAAUCAUGGCGACACUUGAGCAUACUGUUUUGCAAAGUUUAAAGUGUCCCGUUUGUUUUGGUUUGCUGAACGAUCCAAAACAACUUUCAUGUUCACACACAUUUUGUCAAAAAUGUAUUCAAGGUAUUCUAGUAUGCUCUGUACAGAGGAAUACUUUAUCAUGUCCAAUAUGUAGAAACACAACAAAUGUCACAGAUGGCGAUGUUGCAAAUCUUAAGACUAAUAUACCUGUUAAGUCACUUGUUGAUGACGUCAGGAAUAGUAAACAGCUCUGUGACGUGUGUGAAGAGCAAUUAAGAGCCACACAAUUCUGUUGCGAAUGUGGUAAGAACAUGUGUAACGCGUGUCUGCAAGAUCAUAACAACUGGAAACCACAUCUCAAGCAUAAAGUAGUGAGCGUUGAAGAAAUCAGGAAGGGUAGGGUAGUCUUAAAGAAGAAGGUUUACUGUAAAGAAGAAGUACACACAUCAGAUGAAUGUGAAUGCUCUGAUGUCUGCACGACAUGUAAGAAGCUCAUUUGUAUGAGAUGUCGCAUGCUCUACCACGAGAAAAAAGGCCACGAUGUGGAAGAUUUAAGAGAGUACAAUUCGUCUUUCAAAAAGAGCUCUGAAUUACUUCAGGGUCAAGGAAAGACAAAAGCUACAGCAGUCAAGAAUCAUAUGACGUGUAUUGAUAAUCAAAUCAAACGUGUCCAUGAUCACAUUGAUGCGGAAAAUGUGAAGCUUGACAUGCUUUGUGAAGAAGCUAUCAAGAAAAUACAAGAGAGGAAUGCUACCUUGAAAAAACAACUAGACGAUCAGAAAGAAGAAGUCUACAAGAGUUUAAAUGAUAUGAAAAUUGAUGAUGAGAGAUUGGUUAAGAGUAUUGAGAGUGCGAGUGAACUGGUGAGUACUAGUUUGGAGGCCCCACUAGAAGGGGAUGUUGUAGCAAUACGUGAUUCAUUGUAUGGAGAAUUGAAAAAUGUAUUACUUAGGGAAAAUCCAAAGAAGAAGGUUGCUACUGAUAUAGGUGAUCAUGCAGAGGAACUGACUUUUACACCGAGCUGCAAUCCUGAUGCAUUAUCAAUGGGGGAACUGAGGAUUGUGAAUUGCGAGCCCGCGAAAUGCAAUGUAUUACUCUCAAAGAAAGAUAGUAUGAAUGGCAUGGUGACUUCAAAGAAUGGCAUAGUUGCUGUUGGAUCAAGAUUUGGAGGAAUCGAAAUCUACUCUGCUGAUGGUCAGCUGCAGAAGACAGUUAUCAAAUAUGUCGAAACAAGUGAGGUAGGAUUCCUCUCUGAUGGUCGUUAUGUUGUACUUGAUACAUGCAAUAAGAUAUCACUGUACACAUCAGAUGAAGAGAAGCAGGAUGUAACAUUCGAUACUAUAUACGAUAGUGAAGGUGGGCUUGGUGGUCUCGCCGUAGACAGCAAUGAUCUGAUCUAUGUUAGCUACAGGAAAGCUAAGAAGAUCCAGGUAUUCUCACCAUCAGGUGGGAAGGCUAUCAGGGAGAUACCAUGCGAUGGGUAUGAACCUGCACAAAUCACAAGCUAUGGUGAUUCAUUGAUCGUUAAGCAGUAUGACAACCAGAUAGCACGUAUUGAUAAAAAAGGUGAUAUAAUGCAUAAAUUAUGGAAAUCGGAAGAACACACCCUACUUGUUGAUGUGAGUAAAGACAAUACAACCCUGAUUGCCUCUGUAAGACAGGAGGACGGUCUGCUCAAUAUUGAUGAGUAUACCGGUAAACUGAAACACAUCAGAAGUCUUAUAUAUGAUUAUAAGAUUGAGAAACCGGAGAGGCAGUGGUAUUACCUUAGACAGUUUCAAUCAGGAGAGAUAGCUUUCUGUACACCAGAUAGGCUCUAUAUAUUCAACCAAGUGACUAAUAAAGUUACCUCGUAAGUCAAAUCUCUUUUUACUUAACAAAUUAAUCUUGGUAGUCCAUUACUGUCAAGAAUCAAGAAAUUUUAUUCAUUCCAUUCGACAAAAAAAAUCACGUAUACAAUAGAAUAUUAAAAGACAAAAUUACAUGAUAUACAACGAAAAAAAAGUCAUCGGUAUUACAUACAAAGGAAAGUAAUACAAUUAGAUUUGAGACGCUGCAAAAGUUAAACC